AUGAGCGUUGUGGAUACUAGAGGUCCCUUUUACCUGUACAAGUUUGGGGAUAAUGCCGAGAAACGACUAGACAAAUACAAAAUCUUCCCAACGCCUGAACCAUACAUUAGCAAGUCUCCUUCAUAUUAUACCCCACGCUACACAACCUCGCCAAACACAGUCAUGUAUUCGCCAGUCUCGUCAGAUGAGUCCGAGACAGAGUCCAACGAGUCCCAGUCGUCUCCGGAGACGCAGGGAUCACAGAGUUCUGGCGAGCCUUCGGACUCUGUGCACGAACGCAACAAAUUCAAGUGCACGUUCCCAAAUUGCAAGUACAAGGGGACUUUCCUUUCUAAAGACUAUUUACGCAGACACAUCAGAGAACAACACAGAAAGACAAAGCUCCACGCUUGCGAGGGCAGAAAUAAGGAUGACACCGUUUGGGGGUGCUCAAAGAAGUUCAGCAGACCAUACCAGUUGAUUAACCACUGGAGGGGACAACGCUCGUUAAAGAAGUGUGGUGUGCCAACCGAAGAGCUCAUACGCUAUGGGAUCAUCUAA